AUGCCCUUGGCCUUUACCACGGGUACUUCCUCUCGUUCUAAGAACACAAUACAAAAGAGGAAGUUUGAAAUCAAAGUCCUUCUGUUGCUCCACGUCUUGAUACCGGGAGUCAUGCUUUCGUCUCUCGAGACCAUUAAUCCGUGGCUGUCGGCCUGCGACCUUAAACAACAGCAGGGGGGCCCUACGGACCUUAAAGGAUCGUGCAGCGCCACGCAAUUCCCCACCAGGACGUCGUCCCCGCCCGAAGUCGAGUUGCUAUGCCCCAAAGAAUGUCCACCUAACGAAUCCAAAACGAACGCCUCGUGCCUUGCUUACCUAGACGAUGCUCGUAAAAACGCGAUAUGUAAUUUUAAUUUGGGUAAUGGAAUCGAGUGGUUAAAGAGCUUCCUCGGAACGAUACGUCUUCGUCACUGCUGCGAAUAUAAAAUUAUCGAGUCUCUGUCACAGUCACUGUUGGAAAGAGUACUCAAGGGUAAAGACGAAUGCUUUAGAAUAAUCGACAACCUAGUCGACGUAGACAACAUGGCGGCUCGCAUAACCUGCGAGUUUUCGGAGAUAUUAAGCCGAUACGACUGCGGUCAACCAUACUCGGUUAGAUUUUCUUGUAACGAUUGUUUGGUAUGUGGAUACAUAAAGCUCUAA